AUGCGGGCCAAGAUGAGCCUCCUGGGCUUCGACGCCGAAGCCGUCAAGCCGCUGAACGAGGAGGCGGCCGCCGAGCUGGGCGCCGAGCUGCUGGGCGAGGCCACCAUCUUCCUGGCAGCCGGCACCUGCCUGGUGCUGGAGUACUGGCGCCAGAAGACGCAGCAGCGCCGCAAGAAGAGAGCGCGGCAGGUCGCCUGGGAAGCGAUGCGGGAGGACGUGGACCGCCUGGCGCUGGAGCUGGAGGCGCUGACGACGCGGAUGCGGGCGAUGCCGCAGCUGAGCGCCCUAGAGGAGCUGCAGGCCCAGAUACAAGAGGUGCGUGCCCAGCUCUGCAUCCCGGACGGGGACCGGCCGGCCGCGCCCCCCACAGGGCCCGGGUCCGAGGACUGA